UAGGCCUUGACACGAUAUACCGCGGCCCGGUCAUUUUGAUAGAAUCCUUAUUGGUAAAUUAUAUCGUGGUAACCAUUAUGUCUCGUAAAGUACUAACAUUAGUUUUGAUAAGAAAGCCAAACGAAGUUUUGCUUGGUUAUAAAAAGAGAGGAUUUGGAAGUAACAAGUGGAAUGGUUUUGGGGGAAAGGUGGAAGAUAAUGAAAGCAUUUGUGAAGCAGCAAUUAGAGAGUUGAGAGAAGAAAGUGGACUUGUAGUUUCACCUGCCAAUUUACAACAAGUGGGGAUGAUCAACUUUGAAUUUGUUGGAGAUCCCAUUAUUCUAGAAGUUCAUGUUUUUACAUCAGCAAUGUAUGAAGGUCAACAUUUUGAAACAGAAGAAAUGAUGCCAAAAUGGUUUAAGCUCCAAGAUAUCCCGUUUCAUGAAAUGUGGGCUGAUGAUCGACUAUGGUUCCCCUUAUUCCUGUCAGGAAAAAAGUUCCAAGGGUACUUUUUGUUUCAAGGCCAUGAUGUCAUACUAAAACACACACUUAAUACUGUUGAACAUUUCUGAAACCUUGCAAUCGAGUAACGUUUCUGGGAUUUUAAUUGCUUUAUUCACGGCAAACAAGUAGAACGGACACGUGCUGGAUAAGUGUAAGACUAGAAGCAUGAGAUCCUUACCAUUCAGUGGCGUUUUGACGUGCGUAAUAAUGCUUUUUUUUCUGCCACUGUUACCAAAUCAUUUAGUUGAAUAUUUUUUGUACAAAAUUUAAGGAGCCUCUGUAUUUUGUAACUUAAUUUGGUGGAAAGAUGACUUAAGAUAAUUUGUCCUACUUAUUAUGGAUGCUGUAGGCAGACUAAAUUAAGAAAGUUUUUUAAUGACUUAUUUCAAGCUAAACGUCAAAUUUUUUAAAACUAUAUUCUUGUCAAGUCAAGUAAUUUUAUUAAUUACUUUUAUAGAAGGGAAAAAUGAAAAAAACGCAUGGCAUUUUGAUAAGGGUAAACGUCGAGUAACAAAUAUCUAUUAUAACUAUAU